AUGGUCCCUACAUGCGGCGUCUGCCACGAACAGGAGUCCAAGUACAAAUGUCCCGUUUCCUGUUACAAACCACAUAAGGCCCUUCACGACAACGAAGCACCAAAGGACCAUUCGGCGCAACCACCAAAGGACCGACCAGGCACAACUCAGCGAGUCCCCAAAGUCGACUUCACUGGUUUCGAAAACGACAAAGACUUCAAACGUCUACUCGCUCGCUUUCCGCUAUUGAAAGUCCAGCUACAGGCGGCUUACGCUCUUACCCUGGAGCCUGGUCCGGAAGACGCUCGCAGUUGGAAUCGUGGAAGUCUACCUGGUUUCACACAGAGCCUACGCGGGCAUCGAUCUCGUGGUCGUGGCAGAGGCUUCCGAGGUGGUCGCUAUCAUGGAGGUGGCAGAGGAGGCAGAGACGCUGUCAUCCCAAGCGAGAGGCAGCACGGAGCCUGGACGCAAGCGAAGGGCGACAAGGAGGCGCUGGACGUCAUCAAAAAGAUGAAAGAAAGCGAUGGUGACGACGAUGGUGAUGCUGGUGAGGGUGUGAGAGAGUUUGUACAGCUCUGUCAGAUCAAGUUCGCCCCCAGCACUGAGCAAGGUUGA